AUGGAGUUUUUAAUGUUGCUCAUCACCCUUGUUGUUCUCCAAGCUAUUUCCCCCUCUCAUGCAUCAAUCCAAGCAGCCCCUGCAAACUCAAACCUCUUCCGUGAAUACAUUGGAGCCGAGUCCAAUAAUGUCAGAUUCACCGAUGUUCCUAUCAGAUCAGAUGUUGAAUUCCAUUUCAUCCUUUCUUUUGCCAUAGACCAUGACACCUCGAAUUCUCCUUCUUCCACCAAUGGAAAAUUCAACAUCUUUUGGGACUCCGAUAAUCUAAGCCCUUCUCAGGUUUCUUCUAUCAAGAACCGCCAUUCCAAUGUCAAAGUUGCCUUGAGUCUUGGAGGGGAUAGCGUAGAGAAUGGCUAUGCUUACUUUAAUCCUUCCUCGGUUAAUUCCUGGGUAUCUAAUGCUGUUUCUUCACUCACACGGGUCAUUAAGCAGUAUAAUUUGGAUGGGAUUGACAUUGAUUACGAGCACUUUCAAGCUGAUCAUGAUACAUUUACGGAGUGCAUAGGACAACUCAUUACAACCCUUAAGAGGAAUGGGGUCAUCUCAUUUGCCUCUAUAGCUCCUUUCGCUAAUGGCCAAGUUCAAAGCCAUUACCUGGCCUUAUGGAGGAAAUAUGGGCAUCAAAUAGACUAUGUCAACUUCCAAUUUUAUGCAUAUGAUCAGGAUAUCUCAGUAUCCCAGUUUCUGGAUUACUUCGAAACCCAGACUUCUAACUACAAUGGUGGUAAAGUCUUGGUGAGCUUUAUCAGUGAUGGAAGCGGCGGGCUAUCUCCAUCAGAUGGCUUCUUUACAGCCUGCAGUAAGCUUAAGAGUCAGAAGCAACUCCAUGGGAUUUUCGUUUGGUCAGCAGAUGACUCCAAGGCCGAGGGUUUCCGCUACGAAAAGCAGUCGCAAGCCCUACUAGCAAUUCAUCACUAG